AGCGAGACAGAGAUAACGCUGGAAAUUCCAACUCCUGUUACUGCUUAGCUCUGCUUCGUUCCUGCCAUACGAGUUUGUACUUGGUUCACGUUCACAGCUGCAUCCUUUUGUGGUGUGUUUCGCGCUGCUUCUUUCCGACAGCACAACGUCGACACCCUCCUGCUGUUGCCAACGACGCCACUGGCACGGCACGGGAACUGGCAAAGGCAACGGCAACGACAGAGCAAAGCAAAGGCAGAGCACAGAGCAGAAAGCUGAGGCAGAAACUGCUGGCUAUAGAGUGUUGUUUGGAUGACUGCCUCGCUGUAGACGAAACGAAAGACAGGCGACAACUAAACUAAAACUAAAUACAUGCAGGCGAGCACAGGCAAGCGGCGGUCGCAUAAAGCAUAAAGAGCAGUACAUUGACACCGUCAGGCAGGAGCAGAUAGGGGACACCUACAUUUGUAUAUAUUUCAUACAUAUAUACAUACACACAUUCAGCGAUAUAUACAAGUCCAGGCUAAAAGGAGGCUGUUCUCCAACCUCCAUCCUUCGCAUCCGCAUCCACAUCUGCAUCUGCAUCAAACCCAAAUACGAUAAAAGAUGGCCAACGGCAAGGCGACGGUAUCGUUCUUCGAGAACGGGAGCACCACACAGUUCGAGUACUGCUUCAAGCUGUAUCCGCAGGUGCUCAAAAUGAAGGCAGAGAAGCGGUCGAAGAAGCCGCAAGAGCUGAUCCGGCUGGACCAGUGGUACCAGAACGAUUUGCCGCGCCUGAUUAAGGCGCGUGGAAAGGACGCGCACAUGGUGUACGACGAACUUGUGCAGACCAUGAAGUGGAAGCAGUCGCGCGGAAAAUUUUAUCCGCAGCUCUCGUACCUGGUCAAGGUAAAUACACCGCGCGCCGUCAUGCAGGAGACAAAGAAGGCCUUCCGCAAGCUGCCCAACCUGGAGCAGGCGAUCACAGCUUUAUCGAACCUAAAGGGCGUCGGCACCACGAUGGCCUCCGCCUUGCUGGCGGCUGCCGCACCCGAUCGCGCCCCUUUCAUGGCUGAUGAGUGCUUAAUGGCCAUACCAGAGAUCGAGGGCAUUGACUACACCACCAAGGAGUACCUCAACUUUGUGAACCACAUCCAGUCCACGGUGGAGCGUCUAAAUGCAGAGGUGGGUGGUGAGACGCCGCACUGGUCUCCGCACCGUGUCGAGCUGGCCCUAUGGUCACACUACGUGGCCAAUGACUUGAGUCCCGAGAUGCUCGACGACAUGCCGCCCCCAGGCACCGCAUCUAUCAGCACAAACGGAGCGAGCAACAAUGUCCUCGACGGCGACGACACCAAUGAUGGUGUGGCCGUGGACCUAGACGACGAGAGCCAAGGCGCAGGUGGGCGCAACACUGCAACAGAGUCGGAGACCGAGAACGAGAACACCAAUCCGGCCGCUUUAACGCCGCUACUUGCGGGCGAGGCCAAGAGCAAUGCCACUGCCGUGGGAGCCGCCUUGCAGGAUGGCGACUCGAACUUUGUGUCGAAUGAUUCCACCUCCCAGGAGCCGAUCAUCGACGACAACGAUGGAACCACACAGACAACGGCCACCACAUCCACAGAAGACGGUGAACCUCUUGGGAUCGGCAUUGGCCUGGGCAGCGGGGGCACACCUUUGGCCUCCGACUCGGAAAGCAACCUCGAGGCGCCCCUAAACACCAAUCGCUUGAAUGCGGUCGGUACAGUGCAGCCGAGCAAACCACAGACCCAGUCUUCGACCGAGAAACAGACACAGAGCCCGAACCACAACAACAGUAAGCAGCAGAUCAACAAUGGUCAGGCGACUCCAGCGGAACAGCCAGUAAAGGCAGGAGCGGCAAAAUCCGCUGCCAACGGCAAUGGUAAUGGCAAUGGAGUGUUGGGCAACGAUCUGGAUGAUGGUGAGGAUGAAGAGGAUGAGGAGGACGAGCUGGACGAGGAGGAGAACAACGAUGAGGAGCUAGAGGCUGACGAAAGCAACAGCAGCAACAGCAAUGCGCGCGAGACCAAACUGCAGCAGCUGGCGGCUUCCGCUGUAGCGGGAAAGGUGGUUACGGUCACUGAGACGGCGGUGGCUACCGAGCCGAUCAAGGGGGCGGCAACGGACACGGCGUUGUCAGCGCCUGCCAUUGGACAGAAGCGCACGGCCCUGCAUUGUGAGAUGGAGAUGAGCAAUGCGCCAGCCGGCGCUGUGGGUGGCGGCGACAAGUCGCCGGAGCUGAAGAAGCUGCGCAGCGAAUGAGUCGGAAGCGGGUAUCAUCGAACGAUCGGUUCGGUUCGGCUCGCCACGUAUCUGGUGGAAAGACAUAUGUAUGUAGUGCAGUUGAGUCGAGCUAAAGACAUAGAGCAACAUUACCUACACUUUACCACAACAACAUUCAAGAAAUUGUACUAUUAAGCAACUAAUUAUACAUACAUAUAAUAUAUUAUAUAUAUAUAUAUAUAUACACACGAACAUAUAGCGAGAAGCAAACCAACACUCACACGCCACACACCUUACACACUACACUCGCACACCACACCACACACCCCACACCACACAACACUCGCAUGAUACAACAGAUACAACAACAGAACAGAACAGAAGACAGCAGGACGGAGGAUGCUUGCAUACCGAUCCAGCAAAAGCAGCAGAACCACAGAAGAAAUUUCAAUAGCAAGAGCGCGCGAAAAGGAGGAGUCGACUCGGAUUCAGAUUCAGAUUCAGAGUGCAGCGUUAACGUAAUAUAAUGGAACGAAAAGCAAAUACACCUUACGUGAAUAGUAACUAAAGCGAGAUCAGAUAUUUUUACACAGUCAAAAUGAACAUUUAAUUAUAAAGAAAUUUACAAAUGCCGCAGUUGCCCACUACAUACAAACAAAAAUGAGAGAAAACAAAAACAAAACAAAGGAAGCAAGAACUAAAAAGGAUGAAGAAACAAUAAUUAUAAUAAAACAAAGUAAUUUAUAUACAUAGGUAUUUAAAUUUAACAAUAAAUCAAAACUGUCGCAUGUA